GGUUUGGUUCUCUCCGCGAUGCAGAGCGCGCUGUUCCUGGCGGUGCGGCACGGCGGGCGCAUGGAGCGGGGCAGCCGCCGCCGCAGCGAGCCCGAGGAGGCCGACAAGGGCAGGAUGAAGAGAACAAUCAUUAAAGAUUGGAAGACGAGACUGAGUUAUUUCCUGCAGAACUCUUCCAACUCCAAUAAAAGGAAAUCCAAGAAGGCAGGGAAACACCGCAACUACUUCAGACCUUCCCCUGAAGAAGCCCAGCUGUGGUCAGAAGCCUUCGAUGAACUUCUUGCUAACAAAUAUGGUCUUGCUGCUUUCCGAGCUUUUUUGAAGUCUGAGUUCUGUGAAGAGAACAUCGAGUUCUGGUUGGCCUGUGAAGACUUCAAGAAGACAAAGUCACCCCAGAAGCUGACAUCGAAAGCAAAGAAAAUCUACAAUGAUUUCAUUGAAAAGGAGGCUCCCAAAGAGAUAAACAUCGACUUCCAGACCAAGAACCUGAUUGCGCAGAACAUUCAGGAAGCCACCCAUAGUUGCUUCAGCGCGGCGCAGAAGAGAGUUUACAGCUUGAUGGAGAACAACUCCUACCCGCGCUUUUUGGAGUCCGAGUUCUACCAGGAACUGUGCAAGAAGGCACCGAUCAGCAGAGCAGCCCAGGCCACAUGAGCAAGGGAGAGGAGGGAGAAGCAGCCCUGGGCUGGUGGGGAAGCCGGGCCGCAGCUCACGAGCAGCAUCCUGACCCGAAAGGCUGAGGCASCGGCGCUCGGUCUGUGUGCCACGGUGCAAGGACAAACUGUGGCUUUGUGGCAGAGCUGCCGGCCCAGAGCGACGCUGUUGGACGGUGUUUGGGGUGACAGCAGCAGUGUGACAGCUGGCACUGCCCUUCCCUGCCCGUGCAGGAGCCACAKCCGAGGAGUGCCACGGCAGGUCCGGACAGAGCCUCCUGCUCCUGAACAGAAGCUGUCUCUGCACCGGGGCACUGCUGGGAGCCCGAGCCAUCGGUUGCCUGUUUGUUUUUCCUAAACAUCAGCGUUGCUGUUGCCAGCGGGGCUGCUCGGGGUGCUCACACCGGUUCUGUUACUGCGCUGGUUUCUGUGCCGCCUCCACACAGCCCCAAAUGGAAGAACUCAGCUCCAGAGGAACAGGUUCUGCAGCUCCAGCGUGUGGGGCUGGGCUGUGYCAGACUGAGGGCAGCAGGAGCUCUAUAGUAUUAUAUUUAUAUGUGGGUUAUGAUUGUGUCGAAUGCUGCAAUGUUGUAAUUCUGUCUUGAAGACAGCAAGCUUCAGUGAAGUUUUAUUGUUUUUAAUAAACUAUUUUGAUACGAA